AUGAGAAUUAGCUUAGGAUGGAUCCUUCUGGCAGGGAUUUUGCAAACAACAACUGUGAGGUCUGCUACGAUAGUUAAGCGUUCGGAUGGAAGGCAAUUGGUUUCAUUUCCACUUAAUUCUAAUAAGCAAGAGACAGAGGUGGUUGCGGAAAUGCCUCUUUUGUAUGAACGCGAUACCAAAACUCCUGAGCUUGAUGCAACAUUCAGUCCUUCAACAUUUGGCUAUUUUGUUAACCUCACCAUUGGAACUCCUGCGAAACAGUAUCAAGUACUACUAGAUUCUGGAAGUCCGUACACCUGGAUCACGGCGAACAAUGUCACAGCAUACAAUGUUAGUGAUAUAGGACUUGAUUAUACAAAUGGUCUUAAUACCUCCGCGCUACGUUCAAGUGUAUGCAAUACUUAUCAAUGCUAUGAGUUUGAUAGCUCCAGCAUGCACUACAAUAAUACAGGAAUGGUCGGAUACUUGAUACUGUAUGGCGACACGACAACAGUCAUAGGUCGAAAUGUGUACGACACACUAAAUCUGGGGAGUUCAGUACUUCCCGGGUUUCAAUUCGGAGUUACUACUCGCGAAUUUGAUUCAGCAAGCAUCGGAGCAUUAGGUGGAAUCGUUGGCCUUUCUCUUCCUCAGACUAUAUACGGGGUCAAUGAACAGGGAACCGUAAGCUCAUUUAAGGCUCCAACUUUUACGAAUCAAUUAAAGCAGGCAGGACUUAUAAAUGACACCAGCUUUAGCCUUUUGUUAAAUGACGCUGGCGGCGAGCUACUUUUUGGAGGAUAUGACACUGACAAAAUCUCAGGUGGGAUGCAUUGGCUUGAAGUUGCCAACACGAGUAUUGCGAAUUUCAACACGCAUCUAUCUUCAAUUAGUGUUCAUGUGCGCCAAACAAAUGGACAAGGUACAUCGCGAUCAACUAAGUAUACAGAAGCUACAGAGUCGCUAAAUACCACUGCUUUAUUUGAUUGUGGCACUUCUUCUACCGGACUUCCUAGUGAAGCAUUACAGAAAAUUGUUGAUGUGUACAGUGGUCAACUGAACAAUGGCAUUCCGUAUGUUGCAUGCAGUCGAAUCAACACUUCAGACUAUUUAUCUUUUCAAUUUAACAAACAGGUGUCUGUGAACCUUACGGUGGAACACUUCAUCUUAAAACGGUCCGUCGAUGGUAACGACAAAUGUCAAUUGGCAUUUUAUGCAUCCGACGGUUCACUUCCCAUUCUUGGGGUAUCAUUUCUUAAGAAUGUAUAUACAGUUUAUGACUACGAUGCUGGCUUUAUCGGAAUCGCACUUAUCAAAAAUGUUACAAAGUCUCAUGUCGUUAAGAUUCAAGAAGCUUUGAGUUCCUAUACUGCCGCUUCCACAUUUACGACGUCUUAUUUGAGAACUUGA